UAUAAUAGAUAAUGUGACAGAACAAGGGGGGAAGAAAGAGAGAGAUAGUAUGAAAUAAUGAAUACGAGUCGAGAGCGAGAAAUAGAGUGAGACAAAGAGGAGAGAUGACGUGACAGAAAGAGAAAGACUAAGGGAAAUAAUAAGGUGACAGAACGAGAAAGGAUGGAAAAUAUACUGUGAGAGAGGAGAGAGGGAGAGAUAAUAUAAGAAAACAACGAGGGAAGAAAGGGGAAGAGAAAGAGAGAGAUGUCAGCAGGAAAGAGGAGAGAAAAAGAAUAAGAGGGAGAAACAGAGGGAUAGAGGAAGAGGGAAAGUGAGAAAAGUGAAUAGUGAAGCAGAGGGUGGGAAUUGUCAAAAUAGAUAGAGAGAAAGUAAGGAAAGAGGGAGAAAAAGAAAACUAUAAAGAUAGUAGAGAGGGGGAGAAGGUUUGCUGGUAAACUAGUGUUGCAGCUGUUUACCCAUAAUCCACCAUGUAAACAUUAAAUAUGGCAGCUUCCAGGGCUGUUUUAAAGUGCAGCAGUUGUACCGGUCUUUCCAGGAAUACAUCCUUAAUAAUGUGCCAACGUUCUACACCGUAAUUGCAUUGUAGUCAUCUGUUAGAUAUUGUUUUUCACAGUGAGUUCAGUAAAGUGUGCUUUAUAUCCGUGUGAGUCCUAUUAUUUGCCUGUGGAAUGAGCCAGCGAGAGAGAGACACCUCAGUAGCGGUAUGUUGACAUGGACAACAAUAUAAUCCAGUCCCCCGUCUCUUGACUGCCACUAAACGUUAUUAUAUCCAUCGCUUUACACACUCGGAAAUUCACCCUUACCAUUAUCUUUUACUAAUCAUUGGAUGUUACCCUGCUGGUAUCUGUGAUCUACCCGAAAGUAACGAAGAUAAAGCCUUUACCAGAGACAAUCCCCAGUUCUCUCUACAUAUUAUAGUUGGGUUUUCAGCACCAGAGAAUCCCUCAAUGACGCAUCUAGCCAUUACCGCUGCUUCUGCCUUGUUCCAUUCCAAAAUAAAUUCUGCCAGACACGUGUGUCUUCACUGUGGGUUUCAAACUACCCCCAGUUCCAGUUUGCAUCACCAGCAGCAAGAUGGGAACUUGUUUAUGCAAGGAUAGGUCACAACAGCCCAGGCAUUCAACAUCAACAACCACAACUACCACGACGACGACAACGAUAACAACAGCAACACCGGCACUGACAUCUGGAGCUGGAUUUGAAGGUUAUGGACACGGUACAAAUUCUGUUUCUUCGUCACCAGCUUUAGUAACGAAUCGAAAUGAGUUGGCAGCGACUUCGGUGCGGCGUAACUAUGAUGACGUCAGUGAGCUGAUGGUCAGUGAGAUGUUACAUCAUGGAGGACGUUACGUGGAGAAUCAGGGCUUACUCUUGUAUUCUGUUGGAGAUAUUGACUCUUUGGUUUUGGAGGCUCUUACACUACUCAGAACACUCGUAGACAAUGACCAAGAACCUCCUCAGUCAAUGUUAUACAUACCUAAGAUUGCUGAGGGGGAAAAGGGUUGGCUUGUAGUCGUCACUUCUCUCAUACAGUCCAUUCCUCUCGAUGAUCCACUAGGGGCUGCAGUCAUCACAUUAUUACUUGACCAAUGUCCACUGCCUUCAAAAAUUACAACUUUGAAGCUGACCAAACUUUUAAAACUUUCGAAAGAUGGGUGUGAUGAGAAUUUCAGGAGUGCCCAAGCACAACGUAACCUUUGUAUCAUAUUAGGGUGUUUGGCAGAAAAAAUGGCUGGUAAGUGGAAAUUUACGACAUUGAGGGAUGGAUUGCAACACUCCGAUUCCCCCGUUGUCAUACUUCAUUCCAUUAUAGCCAUGGAGAAAUUUGCAGAAACUAGUGAAAACAAAAUCACUAUAAACAAAGUGCUCCAAUCAGAUCCAAAGAACUUAUUGAUUUCUUUAGAGAAAUGGUACCGCUGUCCUCAAGCAGAAAAACGGGAAGUUGGCUUUUGUGCACAGUGGUUAUUAGAUAAUCUUUUCAUUGUAGAGAAUGUGGAUGGAUUAAAUGUAAUGUUAAACAGUAAUGAUGUUAGUGAAUAUUUAAAGAUAUCUGCAGAUGGCCUUGAGGCCAGAUGUGAUGCAUCAUCAUUCGAAAGCGUGCGCUGCACAUUCCAGGUGAACUCAGGUGUGUGGUAUUAUGAGGUAACCAUAGUAACGGCUGGCGUUAUGCAAAUUGGUUGGGCCACAAAGAAUAGCAAGUUUCUAAAUCACGAUGGUUAUGGCAUUGGUGAUGAUGAAUAUUCCAUGGCUUAUGAUGGAUGCCGUCAACUUAUUUGGUAUAAUGCUCACAGUCGACCACAUAAACAUCCCUGUUGGAAGGCUGGAGAUGUCCUUGGUCUUCUGUUAGAGGUUGACAAACAACAGUUAGUGUUUCUAUUAAAUGGUAACAGCCUUCCGCCUAACAAGGAACUCUUCACUCAUGCUAAAUCUGGUUUCUUUGCGGCUGCCAGUUUUAUGUCCUAUCAGCAAUGUGAGUUCAACUUUGGUGCCAAACCAUUCCGAUAUCCGCCCAAGGUAGCAUUCAAAAAGUUUAAUGACUAUGGCAAACUUUCAUCAGAUGAGAAAGUUAUUUUACCAAGAUACAGAAAGAUGGCUCUCUUACAGAAGAAGACUCUGUUGGAGGGAUCUUGCACGCUCUGCUGUGAUAAACAAGCUAGUAUGGUGCUGUUGCCAUGCCAGCACAAAGGAUUCUGCGAUACUUGUGCACUUCAGUUGGAACGAUGUCCGAUGUGUCGAGACCCUAUACAAGAAAGGAAGUUAGAUCCAGAGGAGAACACGAACACAUUGUGUGUAUAA